UCAGUGGGGUCCCCCAUAGUGUUAUCAUCAGUGGGGUCCCCCAUAGUGUUAUCCAUCAGUGGGGUCCCCCGAACCCCCAUAGUGUUAUCCAUCAGUGGGGUCCCCAUAGUGUUAUCCAAUAGUGGGGUCCCCCAUAGUGUUAUCCAUCAGUGGGGUUCUCCAUAGUGUUAUCCAUUAGUGAGGUCCCCUGUACCCCCAUAGUCUUAUCCAUUAAUGGGAUCCCCUGUACCCCCAUAGUGUUCUCUCAGUAGGGUUCCCUGUACCCCCAUAUAGUGUUAUCCAUCAAUGGGGUCCCCUCCCCUGUGACCCGUAGUGUUCUCCAUCAGUGGGGUCCCCCAUAGUGUUCUUCAUCAGUGGGGUCCCCUGUACCCCAUAGUGUUCUCCAUCAGUGGGGCCCCCAUAGUGUUCUCCAUCAGUGGGGUCCCCUGUACCCCAUAGUGUUCUCCAUCAGUGGGGCCCCCCCCCAUAGUGUUCUCCAUCAGUGGGGCCCCCCAUAGUGUUCUCCAUCAGUGGGGCCCCCCAUAGUGUUCUCCAUCAGUGGGGCCCCCUGUACCCCCAUAGUUUUGUCCAUCAGUGGGGUCCCCCAUAGUGUUCUCCAUCAGUGGGGUCCUCUGUACCCCCAUAGUGUUCUCCAUCAGUGCGGUCCCCACAGUGUCCUCAGGAGGAGGCGGGGGGCCGUGCUCUUCUCCCCGGUGUCGGGGUUCAGGAGGAGGCGGGGGGCCGUGCUCUUCUCCCCGGUGUCGGGGUUCAGGAGGAGGCGGGGGGCCGUGCUCUUCUCCCCGGUGUCGGGGCUCAGGAGGAGGCGGGGGGCCGUGCUCUUCUCCCCGGUGUCGGGGCUCAGGAGGAGGCGGGGGGCCGUGCUCUUCUCCCCGGUGUCGGGGUUCAGGAGGAGGCGGGGGGCCGUGCUCUUCUCCCCGGUGUCGGGGCUCUGUCCCGGGGCGGUCUCUCCUAUCUCCUCCCUGAUUCACUCUCUACAAAUAUGAAGCCCGAGGAGCCGGAGCCGCACACGUGUCUGGUCUCAGUCCUCACUACAUGCGGCUCCGCUGCGCUCCAUGCGGCGCUCCUCGGGGUCUCACACCGCGGGGAUCUCCACCGGCCCCGACAUUCUCAGCGCAGCCGGAACCUUGUGACAUUAAACUCCCGAUACUUUGUAGCAAAGAAAAAGUCGUUAGAGCGGCGCAGCGCGCAUGCGCGGAGGGUGCACCAAAUUCAAACAGCUGGUGCGAGGGGCUCCGGGGUGGAGGGUCCAUGCCACAGGGCACUAGGGGAGAGUGAGUGCAGCCGCGACCAUGGUGGACAGGGGGCCCCUCCUCACCUCGGCCAUCAUCUUCUACUUGUCUAUUGGGGCGGCCAUAUUCCAAGUCCUGGAGGAGCCCAACUGGAAACAAGCCACCAAGGAGUUCGAUGAGAGCAAAACCAAAAUCCUGGACAAGUACACCUGCCUGACCCUGAAGGACCUGGAGGAGAUCCUGGAGACGGUUUCCAAUGCUGCCGGUCAGGGGGUGACAAUUAGCGGGAACACGACCUUCAACAACUGGAACUGGGCGAACGCCGUUAUCUUUGCAGCCACGGUCAUCACCACAAUCGGUUACGGUAACAUAGCCCCCAAGACCUCUGCCGGUCGGCUCUUCUGUAUAUUCUAUGGUUUAUUUGGGGUUCCGCUUUGUCUGACUUGGAUCAGCGCCUUGGGGAAGUUCUUUGCAGGACGAGCCAAAAGGCUGGGCCAGUUUCUUACUAAAAGAGGAGUCACUUUGAGAAAAGCCCAGAUCACGUGCACGGCCAUCUUCAUCUUAUGGGGCGUCAUUGUCCACCUGGUGAUUCCCCCUUUCAUCUUCAUGAGGACUGAAGGCUGGGACUACAUCGAGGGCCUCUACUUCUCCUUCAUCACAAUCACCACCAUUGGUUUUGGAGACUAUGUAGCAGGUGUGAAUCCAAAAGUGACUUAUGGCACCCUCUACAGAUACUUUGUGGAAAUCUGGAUCUAUCUCGGUUUGGCCUGGCUGUCCUUGUUUGUGAACUGGAAGGUCAGCAUGUUUGUAGAGGUCCACAAGGCCAUCAAAAAGAGACGUAAAAAAAGGAAAGAGUCCUUCGAAAACGACCCAAGGACAAAAAAGGACAAGCAGAUCCCGAUGGGGAAUCCGAAGGACAUCAACAUCCUGAGCUUCCUGUCUAAAAAGGAGGAAACGUACAACGAUCUGAUCAAACAGAUCGGCAAAAAUGGUUUAAAGACUGGCGGCGAUAGAAUCCUGAAUGGUGAUCUUGCCGAUAACGAGCCCGAUAGGGGGAAGGAGAUGGUGGUCUUUACUAAACGCUAUGGAUUUGGCUACGACACCGUAACCUUUUCCAGUGGUCUUCAGAAAGACAACGGGAUGAGGCCCCUCCAGGACAGGGAAGCCACCAUUUUUAUCAACCAGUUAGAUCGGAUCAGCGAGGAGGAAGGGGAACCUUGGGAGUCGAAAGAUUAUAAGCCCUUGAUUUUUCAGAAUAACAUCAACUUUGUUAAUGAGGAGGAGGACGAAGAAGACGAUGACGAUGAAGAGGAAGAAUGUGAUAAUUCUGAAGAUGAAGAAAAGUCCAAAUCCUCCAUAGAGGAAAAUAAUGAGGGUCCGGAGACCCCGACAAGACUUGAUACAUUCACUUGUCUGGAUGAGUCUUCUUUUUCCAGCAAUGACACUGAGGUGUCCGUUCCAUACGAACAACUUCUGAACGAGUACAAUAACAUUAAUAAAAAGGGAGAUACGUGAGCUGGAUGCCGAUCGGGCUGGUUCUGAUCAGAGACGCUGCUUGUUCUGGAAAAAAAAAAAAAAACGAUCAAAGAAUAUUUUUGCUUUGUUUUUGUGACCAGCAAGUGACCAAAUCUAGAAUGACUUAAAGGGGUACUUCGCAAAGGAUAGGUACUAUCCAAAGGAUAGGUGAUAAGAUGUCUGAUGGUGGCGGUCCUGCCACUGGGGACCCCUGCGAUCUCCCUGCUUCACCCGGUGUUCGUUUAGAGCGUCUGGUGCAGCGCUGGAGGCUCGUGAUGGCCAUGCCCCACUUGUGACGUCACGGCCACGU